AUGAUUUGUCCGAAACGUACCACGGAAUUGUUGGAACAAUUCUUGGAACCGUUCAAAGAUAAGGAUCCUGCAUGGGAAAUCGGUAUUUCGAAAAUUGCGGGUCGCGGUGUAUUUACCACACGUAACAUUAAACGCGGUGAAGUCAUAUUUCGUGAUAUGCCAUUGCUGAUUGGUCCAGCGGCUCGUAAGGAGGACACCCUAAAUUCUUGCUCGGUUUGCUUUAAACUCCUACCCGAUACCAAGUUUAUGUGCCGCCAAGGAUGUGGUCUGCCGAUUUGUAAUUUAUGCCAGAAAAAGAAACAACACAAGGCCGAUUGUGCCCUAUUCAAGUCAUGGGAACCCUGUGAACCGGAUGUGGCCAAUUCCGUAAUUAUACGCCUGCUGUGUCCAGCUCGUGCCAUUAAUUGCACCAAGGAACAGCGUGAUCUGAUGUAUUGCCUACAGGCCACAUUGGACAAUAAUCAUCGUACUGAGGUACGAAAUGCUGCAAAGUGUUUCCGUAAAUUCCCAACGGAUAAGAAACUUAUCGAUAUUAUGAAUCGAGCAGUGGCUGUGUUGCGUACCAAUGGAUUCGAUGAGACCUCGGAUCGUACCAAUGAUAAUCAGGAAUUUUUCUAUCGUGCUUUGUUUCCACUCUUUGCCUUGAUCAAUCAUGAUUGUGUACCGAAUUCAUAUUAUACCUUUGAGGAGAAGACAAAUAAUAUGAUUGUAAAGGCAUCGGUGGAUAUACCAGCGGGUACAGAGAUCACCACGACCUAUACGAAGUUGUUCACAUCGAAUAUUGCUCGCCACUUGUACUUGAAGAUGAAGAAAACGUUUACCUGUAAAUGUCAGAGGUGCUCAGAUCCAACUGAAAAAGGUUCCUUUAUAUCGGCUGUCUAUUGUCGUGACACCAAUUGCCCCGGUUUGGCAGUGCCCGAAACUACCGGUUUACCACAACCCAAUUGGAAUUGUUUGGAAUGUAAACAGAAAUCACCGCACGCUCCAAUGUCAAAGGCUCAAGAUUUGGCAGUGGGUGCCAUCAAUGCCAAAACCAAUUCGAAUUCACUGAAAACUCUCAUUCAAUAUAUCAAAGAGAAAAGUCCCAGUUUUAUACCAGAAAGUAAUUAUGUAAUUAUCGAUGCGAAAUUGCAAGUCAUUGCCCGGUUAAGUAAGAGUCUAGAGGAUUGUGGUGAAGAAUCAGCUGGCACGAAGGCGGAAUUUUGUCAAGAUAUUUUGAACAUUAUGGAUAAAUUGGGUUUGGGUGAUUGUGUGAUGCGCACAUAUUUAGAGACGGAAAAGGCCAAGUGA